GUCCCGGUGCAUGAACUCGGAUUUGACACGCCAUUGUAGGAGAUAGUUUGUAACGUACAAGACUUUGUUAACUCUUGGCUGGGUCCUCCUAGCUGAGUUAUAAGCCUGUUCAACGUAGUAGAAUCACAGAAGAGAACCGACACAAUGGCUACAGAUUCCUGGGCCCUGGCGGUGGACGAGCAAGAAGCCGCGGCCGAGUCGAUUGGUAACUUGCAAAUUAAAGAGAAACCAGAAGAAAAUGGUACCUCUGCAAAUACAACAGACUCUAGCAGUGAAGCAGCGAAGACAGAAUCGGAUGGGGGCAACAAGGCCACAGAUGAUGAUGAUAAAGAGGACAAAGCAGCCCAGUCCCUGUUGAACAAGUUGAUCCGUAGUAAUCUUGUCAACACUACCAACCAAGUGGAAGUUCUGCAAAGGGAUCCGAAUUCCCCACUCUACUCUGUUAAGUCAUUUGAAGAGCUCCGACUCAAACCUCAGCUGCUUCAAGGCGUGUAUGGCAUGGGCUUCAACCGACCUUCCAAAAUCCAAGAAAAUGCCUUGCCCAUGAUGCUAGCUGAACCUCCACAGAAUCUGAUUGCCCAGUCACAGUCAGGAACAGGUAAAACCGCUGCCUUUGUCCUGGCCAUGCUGAGCCACGUAGACCCCAACAAUAGAUACCCCCAGUGCCUAUGUGUGUCACCCACCUAUGAGCUGGCACUUCAGACUGGCAAGGUUAUUGAGCAAAUGGGAAAACAUUACCCUGAAGUCAAGCUGGUCUAUGCCAUCAGAGGCAACAAGUUGCAGCGGGGCAUGAAGUUGCAGGAGCAGAUAGUAAUCGGCACCCCUGGUACAAUGCUAGACUGGUGUCUCAAGUUCAAGUUCAUAGACCCUAAGAAGAUCAAGGUGUUUGUUCUGGACGAGGCUGAUGUCAUGAUUGCCACACAGGGUCACCAGGACCAGAGCAUCCGCAUUCAGAGGGUGCUACCCAAGAACUGCCAGAUGCUGCUUUUCUCAGCUACCUUCGAGGAGUCUGUAUGGAAGUUUGCCCAGCGCAUUGUGCCUGACCCCAACAUCAUCAAGCUUAAGCGAGAGGAGGAGACGUUAGACACCAUCAAACAGUACUAUGUGCUAUGUAACAGCAAAGAGGAGAAGUUCCAUGCUCUCUGCAACAUCUACGGAGCCAUCACCAUAGCCCAGGCCAUGAUCUUCUGCCAUACAAGGAAGACAGCAGGCUGGCUUGCUGGAGAGCUGUCCAGAGAAGGCCACCAGGUGGCACUCCUCAGCGGAGAGAUGCAAGUGGAACAGAGGGCCGCUGUCAUCGAACGCUUCAGGGAUGGCAAAGAAAAAGUCCUGGUCACCACAAAUGUUUGUGCACGAGGAAUCGAUGUUGAGCAGGUUUCUGUGGUGAUCAAUUUUGACCUACCUGUGGAUAAGGACGGUAACCCAGACAAUGAGACAUACCUGCACAGGAUUGGACGCACAGGUCGGUUCGGCAAAAGGGGACUGGCCAUCAACAUGGUGGACAGCAAGUUCAGUAUGAAUAUCCUCAACAGAAUCCAGGAACAUUUCAACAAGAAAAUUGAGAAACUAGACACAGACGAUCUAGAUGAAAUUGAAAAGAUUGCCAGCUAAAGAGAAGAGUGUCAUCAAACUUCUCCACCCUUCUUAACCCUCUCCAAGGACUGAAUGCUCCUAAUAUUUUACGCUUUUAUUAUAUUUUUUAGUUGUCAGAGGAAAGAGCGAACCCACAAACAGCAUAUGUUUACACAUGGACAUGUCGUAUCUCGGAUGUGUUGUUUUUUUGUUUUUUUUAAUCUCUGGAGCAUACCCAAUUUCUCUCUUUGUACUUAAUUUAAUAAAACCUAUAAGCUUUUUGUCAUAUAUUGAUGCUACAAAAGCAGGCGCGGUCUGCUGUUUUACUGUGCACAAUAUAGAAAUACACCUGUGCUUGCCCUAGUGGCGGCAUGAUAAAAGCUGUUUCUGUACUCAGAGAUUUUAAUGUUCUUUUUGAGUGUUAAUUGCAGCAGUCCAAACCAGAAAAGAAUAAUUUCUAUGGUGCCACAGCAUUGCUAGUUUUCAAUGAACAGGAACAUAUUGUAACUGAAUGUAACCUUGUCAUGCAAUUUACCAUAGCCUUUAUUGUGCUCUAUUGUGACUACCAAAAGUCAAGAGUACAAAGGGUAAAGAUGGGUAUGCUUUACUGAUUAAUAAUUUGAUUUUUAAUUAUUAGGGUUGCAUGGUAGAUAUGAUUAUGGUUGGGUUUAAAGGGUCUAUGCAAACUAUCAUCAAACUGUGAUAACUGUUAUUGAAAUUUUAUCAAACUUUACUCACAAUAAUAAAAGAAAAUCAUCUUGAGAACCUCAGUUUUAGCAUCAGGGUUUGUAGUUAAACGCCAAAUAGGAAUGCUAAAGAAUACUAAUUCCAAACCAUGGAUAUACAAAUACUACCGUUUCAUCAGCCAACUACUUACGUCAGUUUUAUCAGCUUAGUAAGUAUUAUGGCCAUAAUGCUCCAUGAGUGGCUUAGAGCCACUGUUAAGGCAUGGUCACACAUGAGUGAAAUUAACAUUGGCGAAUAUUCGCCUCCCGUUGACUUCCGUUCUAUGCAAGCGAACGGGACGAAGAAAAUGUUCACUUCUGGUGGUGAAGGAAAUUUGCAUCUUUGCAUGGUGUUCAGCUUUGGUGAACUUUGAUCGGCGAAGCUGCAGCCUCAACCAAUACUGAAGAAGAGUGUGUGGUUGACCCCACCUGGCAUCACAUCCUGCACUGCCCACAUUCAGUAAGACGAUACGAAUUUCGCCUUGGCAGGCGAUGGUCAUUCGCCUGCAUUCAUGCAUGUGUGACCAUAGCCUUAAACUGCCAUUGUCUCCAUUAUCUAUCUUAUGAACAUGGUUUUAACACAAUUUGGGUCUGAUGUGAUGAAGUCCCCUUGUGUCUCACUGCCCCACGCAAUCUUUUAAAUCGGGGUCUCAACUUUGACUUCUGACAUUUUUUCCACCCAGGUUGUGCUAUUUAGCUGUCAUUUUUAAGGAUUAUGUGGUGAAAUAUUAACACAAUGCCUUCCACAAGUGCAUUUUAUAUAGAUAUAUAUAGGAUUUUGUUAUUGAUAUACAAAGACACUGGGCUCAGUAUACUGACACUUGAAAUUUUAAUCCUAUAUUGAAAUAUGGACAUCUUACAUGAUGUGUGAAUUCUCUUUCCUCUUGAAACCAAAAGCUGAUGUGACUUAACCAACCACAGGACCUAUGCCAACAAGAUUUACUAUGUUACCCCAACAUGGUCGCAUGGACAGAAAAUUUGUACUUUUGUACAUAUUUAAAACAAUAAGUCGAAGAAAUUGUUGCUGAAUGAUUGUCUGCCUGUCACUUCUAAGAAGUGCAAAACAUUCCUUUCAAUUUUGAUAGAUGGAGCACAUUGUGUUCACAGUGAGCCUAAAUCAGCAAUUGCAUAAAUGGGUGACUUCACAAAAUCGAUAAAAUAUGGAAUUAGUGCAUUUAAUGAAUGCACUGGAUCAACAAGGGCAAUGAUUGAUCAAUCUGAACCUUCUACAAACCUCCAUUGGCUCCCACUGGUGCUGAGAAGCAUGCAAGUGUGAGUGUUUCAAUAGUCUGUUAGUGGGAUUACUUGCCUAAAAUAAGUGUACUCGAUUAGCAGAUGCAGCUAAAUUAUAAAGCAAGUGAGAGCUCGCUUAUCUGAUAGAGCAGUGACCAUGUCUGCAAAAUCUUUUUUGGAUGUGAGGAAGCAGUGUAUGCCGUUUUAUUUGGACAUUUGGAUGUAUGCUUUAUCAUGGGGAGUAAUCUGAGUGCACUUCGUUGGUCUAUAAAGAAUACCACUGUAUGGGACAGCCAUGGAUGCACACAAACCGCUUAGACUAAUGGACUGAGCACCAAACAUUUUGUAUACCUUGUUCCCUUGCUGUACCUACCAAAAACCAGUUCAUCAUUGAAUACAGACUAGUAGUUAUAUUACUUAACUGGGUUUGAGGCAAGUUGUGUCAUGUGGUAUACUGAAGGUCUUGAGUAGAAAUGUCAGCUUGUUUCAGAGAUAUGACAUUCUGUAUCCGAGCUGCGUUCAUGGACACAGUCGUGUAUUUUUGAUCAGUGUGCUGAAUUAAAAGAACACAUCAAUGUUAAUCUUUAGAGUCUGAUACCUCUUGUACAUCCAUGUAUACAAUGUAAUCCUUGCUUCCCCUUUUGUCUGUCCACUAAGGUAUAUUUUAUUGUUCAAGAUAGAGCCAUGUAAAUAAUUACACAACACAAUAAUGAAUCCAUUUCAGUGACCUCGAGUGAUUGCCACAUUGGCACAUAGAGCAUACGUCCAAUUUGGAUUUUAAAAUGAGAAGAACCGCAUGUAUAUUGUCCUACAUAUAUGAAAAAAAGAAAAAAAUUUGUUGCUAUAAUGUGUAUGCAACAAGAAAAAAACAGUCUACUUGAACCACUAGUCCUCUUGGUUUCCACUGGAAGAAAGCUGCUUUUCUGAGGACUAGAUCUGGAGAAAUUGGAU